GUAUCAUUUAACAACAAAAAAUGUUCUCAUAUAUUUCUAGGAGAAUGAACCAGGUGCUAAUUAUUAAGGAUAAGAUAAAGCGUGCAGUGAGUUGGUCAGAAGUCAACCAACCAUCUCAAGGCACUGCUUGCCAAGCUGCUGCCGGCGGCGGCGGCGGGAGCAGGCUAUGGCGCCGGUGCAGAGUGCUCUGGCGGCGACGUGGACGCCGUCCUGUCGGACAUCACUGAUUCACUGUGUCAAGCGAUCACUUCUCUGCGGAUCCGCACCGGUGGGCAGCCAGCGACCGCCGGCAUCGCCGCCAACAGGAGCCCAGCCGGUGCCGGCGGCAGGAGAUCAGCAGCGCCAAGGAGAACUUCUCAACGGGCCAGGAUGGAUGCUGCAUCCCGGAUGACAGUGCUACAGAAUGGAGUUCAUGAUUCGUACACAUGGAGGAAAUACGGGCAGAAGGAAAUUCUGGGCGCCAGAUUUCCAAGGAGUUACUACAAAUGUGGCCGCCGGCCGGGCUGCCCCGCGAAGAAGCACGUGCAGCAAUGCGACGCGGAUCCGUCCAAGCUGGAGGUCACCUACUUGGAGGCACACACGUGCGAUGAUCCACCACCGUCGUCGUCCCAUGCUGUUCCAGAUCCGACGGCCGGCUCCGACGCUCUGCUCGUACCACCAGUCCCGACCGUUCCGUUUCCAUCAGCUCAGUGCUACGGCGGCGGCCGACCGUCGCCGCCGCCGCUGCCGCCGUACCAGGUGCCGUACGCCGCGACGACGCUCGGCUCCAACGUCCUGACGCUGACGGCCACCGGUGUUCUUCUGCCUAGUGCAAGCUACGACCCUGUUCCGGAUGUCACGGACUGCACGCCGUCGUUGGAGCAGGAGCAAGACCAUGAUCUGCUUCACAUACCUUCGCCGGCUUGUUCACAGUCAGAGCUGCUGCCGAUGGAGGCUGCCAAGCUUUCACCGCACGCGCACGGGCUGCCUCUGUCGUUGGAGCACACGCUGGAUUGCGACUUUGCUGUACCCGAGCUUUAAUUAGCGUUCUUGAUGUUAAAGAGUGUGAUCGACCCUUUCACGGUAGCAGAUUACAUACAACAGCAUCGAUAUUCUUGUUUUCUGUACAGCUAUUACUGUAAUGCAAUGCGAUUAGAGUAGUAGUGGUUUCGGUACAAUAUAUGAAUCAGAAUUCACAAGGGAGAGCCCAGAAUAUUAUGUACUUAAUCCAUCCCAAAUUGUAAGUCGUUUGAGUUUUUUAAUAUCAAGUUUGACCACUCGUCUUAUUCAAA